AUGCCGGACAUCCAAGACGCCUUCCAGGCAGCGCUUAUAAUCGCCCUGCUGGUCACCUUGGCCCUCGCGGUCCUCCUCCUGGCUGUCGUGGCCGCCCUGCGGUACUGGCAGCCUCAGCAGCAGCCAACGGAGACGGAGCGUCGCCGCUCGCUCUACUACCCUUCCACCCGUAGCAGCGUAGAGAACGCCUACCGCAUCGCGUACGUACCGGACCCCCCCGUCUUCCGCCACGUCGACUGGACGUAUGGGACGUUCCAGGGGAACAGGUUUGAGUCGGGGCGGGCGUGCGGCUCGCGGGGGUUUACCGUUGACGACGAGCAUAGUGUUAACACGAGAUGGGAGCAUGCGUCUCCCCGCGGGCAGCUAGGCGGGCUGCGUCGCAUGGGAGUAGAAGAACGGAGAGACGCUGCCAGCAGCAGGCUCGAGGCGGCGGAGGAUUUGACAGAGGAGACCCAGGUGGCGGGGAGAGAAGGUAGGGACGUGGAGGAGACGAGCGGCUCGUCGACGCCUCUGGCUUCGAACCAGGGAGCGGGUGCUGCCUCUGGCUGGGCUGAUAGGACUCGAGGCGGGAGGGGCCAUUCCGUGUGA